AUGCCUCUGCCAACAGUUCCUAUUACGGAUGAUAGUCCGAUCUCGGGCAUCCCAACUUCAGAAUCGACAGCUGCCGAGGAAAAUAGAUUUCUGCGUCUCCGCAUGAUGGAAAUAUGGGACGCCUGGGCAAACGGAAAAGAACUACCAAGUGCAAUCCCUGGAUUUCCCGAGCUUUUUCCCAGGGCAAGUGGGACCUCCAACAUCCCCAUAAACUAUCCAAACACCCCACUGGGAUAUCCUACCAUUUCCGCCAACUUUGUGGGAACACCUUCUGAGGCUCGCCCCCAGGUGUUAGCUUCAGGUGCGGCUUCAAACAUAUUCACUGCGCCACCUUGUUCAGCUACGGCACAACCUACCCUACACAGGCCUAGCUUCGAUCCGUCCUCUUUCACCUUUCAAGCACCAUCUUUCCCAAUGGAACCAACCCAGUUUGCUACUAGUGCUUAUCCUCAGCCGCCUCGGUACGAGUUUACCGUAGGGCAGGAGAAAACUGCAAAGACCCAUGAACAAGAGGAGAUUACAAGAAAGAUGAGAAGCAUGGAGCAAAGCCUCAAGAAUAUACAAGGUCUGAGUGGGCAAAAGAGCGUAUCUUACGCUGACCUGUGCAUGUUCCCACACGUACAUCUACCCUUGGGUUUCAAAACCCCGAAGUUUGAGAAAUAUGAUGGGCAUGGGGAUCCCCUUGCCCACCUCAAAAGGUAUUGCAGCCAACUGUGGGGAUCGGGCGGAAAAGAAGAGCUGCUCAUGGCUUACUUCGGAGAAAGUUUGGUCGGUAUUGCUUUAGAAUGGCAAUUCCAAUAUAACAUUGACAUCGCUCGUGACAUGAAUUCAUUGUCAAACCUAAAGAAGAAGUCCUCAGAGAGCUUCCGAGAGUAUGCUGUCAAGUGGCGCGAACAAGCCGCUAGAGUUAAACCUCCCAUGGACAAAACAGAGAUGGUCAGUGUCUUCCUUCAAGCCCAAGAGGCCGAUUAUUAUCAAAACAUGAUGUCUGCGAUGGGUAAGCCGUUCGCCGAAGCCAUCAAAAUCGGUGAAAUUGUUGAAAAUGGGUUGAAAACAGGGCGAAUCUUGAGUCAGUCUGCUAUAAGGGCUAUCUCCCAAGCCAUCCAGGGCGGGUCUGGAGGAGUAGCAAAUCGAAAGAAAAAGGAAGAAACAGCAAUGGCAACUUCGAGUGCAAGAAAACCCCGUCCACCCAGAUCUCUUUUCUCUGAAAGAACCCCACAAGACUACUAUCCCCACCAAGAUGUAGCUUAUGCUCCUCAACCCUACACAGUGAUGAAUGCCCAACCCUAUGUCAGGCCACAACAACAGUUUAACCAGAACAGAGCUCCACUUCCCAGAAAUCAACCUCCUUACCAAGCUCACUACAAUCCCCGACCUCCACAAAACAACUUCCGUGCCUGGGAGCCGCUAAGGAAAACAAACUUCACAUCCAUUGAAGGGCAUGAUAUAGAUAAUUGUUGGACUUUGAAGAGGGCUGUGGAAGAUCUGAAAGAACAAAAGAGAAUAUUGCUAAGGGACGAAGAUAUUCCUAAUGUAACCAACAAUCCACUACCGGCUCACAACAACGGGCCGAUUAUUGGAAUGAUCUGCGAGGACAAAGAGUUUGACCCAGCUCUAAAAGCCAUCAUUGCCAUAGCCGACGUGGAAAAGAAACCAAAAGCUGUCGCGAACAAGACAAGGGGGAGAAAAAGAGCAAAACCACCCCUCAGAAGAAGGAAAAGAAAGUGGAAGUUGAAACUGGGGCAGCACCCUCCAAGGAUGCCGUUCUCUAUGUCCCCCGAGGCCGCAAGAAAGAGCAGAUGUCAUUGA